GAUUUACAAGUAAGAUAGAAAAAGGAUAGGGUAUGAAUAUGAAAAUUUACUUGUUUAAAAUGUGUAUAAUUUUCAGACAAUGGUUCAAUGGUUUUCUGAUUUUAAUGAUGAGCAGAAGAAUCUGGUCCUAAAAGAACUAUUAAUUGGUUGUGAGCUUCCUCAGUUGCAUUUAUUAUCAGUGAAGAUGGAGGCGAAUUUACAUCAUGGUUGUCCACCUAAUUGUCAAGAUCUAAUCACAUGGUUGCCAACAAAUCAGGCCACUCGUAUACUUUCCUACAUGGAUCCAGUAAGUUUAUGUCAUGCUGCUCAGGUGUGUAAAGUCUGGUACCAGUUGUCUGAUGAACCAUCACUAUGGAGACGUUUCUGUUGUCAACCAAAAUGGCGGCUUUGCAAAGCUGCUGAACAUAAGCAAGUGAUAAGUCAUAUGUCACAUGGAAGUAUACAGUGGAAGAAAGUUUUUGCAGAGCGAUUCAGACUACGUAACAACUGGUUAAAGGGUAGGUGUACAGUUCGAACAUUUGAAGGUCAUUCACAGGGUAUCUCAUGUGUACAGUUCGAUGAUACUAGGAUAGUCAGUGGCUCAUCAGAUAAAACUAUCAAGGUAUGGAAUAUUCGUACAAAUGCCCAGUGGUCAGUUCAGACUCUUGUUGGUCAUUCAGGAACAGUGAGAUGUUUACACCUUGAAGGCAACAGGCUGGUCAGCGGCUCAACAGAUUGUAUGAUAAAGGUAUGGGAUCUGUCAACACAAGAGAGUUGGUCAAGCAUUGCUUGUAAAGUCACCAUGACUGGACAUUCGGACACUGUAAGGUGCUUACAGGUUGAUGAUAUGAAAGUUAUAAGUGGUUCAUAUGACAAAACAUUAAAGAUUUGGGACCUUCCUACGGGUAGAUGUAAAAUGACUCUAAGGGGUCACCAGGCAGCUGUAUUAUGUGUUCAUUUUAAUGAUACAAAGGUUGUGUCAGGAUCCUGUGAUAAAACUAUCAAGGUGUGGAAUUACCAUGGUGCUUGUAUAAUGACAUUAAGUGGUCAUCAAGAUGCCGUCACAUGUCUUCAAUUUGAUGCCACAAGGAUCAUCAGUGGUUCACUUGAUUGUAACCUUAAGUUCUGGGAUAUACAUUCUGGAGAAUGUAUCAACACUAUAGACUGGAAGGCUGCUGAAGGACAUACUGGUGUUGUAAGGUGCUUGCAGGCUGACAGCUGGCGCCUUGUUAGUGCUGCUGAUGAUAAAACCAUAAAGGUUUGGAAUCUAGAGACUGGUAAACGUCUGGUUACAUUGAGGAAUCACACAGAUGGCGUUACCUGUCUACAGUUCAAUGAUUUCAUCAUAGUUUCUGGUUCAUAUGACAAAACUGUCAAACUCUGGGAUUUUAGCUCUUGUUAAAGAGAUGUGCUGUGAUUGCUUACAGAUUGCAUAUACUGUUCGUAACUCUAGGAUCUCGCUGACAAAAUAUGUCAAUUAUGAAUAUUUAGCGCAAGUUUAUUUGUUGGAGAAUUUUUGCAAUUUGGUACAAAAAUGUGUCAUUUAAUGGUUGGUGCAAUUUUGUUUGAACAGUUUAGGUGAAAAGUUGUAGUUUUUUCAAAUUUAUUAUUAACUGUAGAAUCAAACACAAACUCUAUAUUUUCUGUUGGUUUUUGUGCCCCCCGCCAUAUAGUAAUUGAACCGUCUGUCCAUACCUUUGUCUGUCCACACUACCCAGUAGGAUUGUAAACAGAAUGAAAGAUUCAUUAAUAACAAAAGGUAUGGUCCCUUAUUCCAUUGCAGGACAUGUCUGUCUGUCAUUUUUCCAUACAAUAAAUUUUUAUACUUGCAGGUACAGCCUUUAUUUAUUGACAGAUGUCUAUUAUAAAUCAAACAUUUUGGUAGGAACAUAAUUUGAGAGGUCUUCUAUCUUUGGAAGGAGUUAAGUGUCAUUGGGUUAAGGUCACCUAUGCUAAAAAUAGGUUUUUCUACUUCUGCUUAUACAGUCUUUAUUUAUUGACUGCUGUCUUUCAUAUUUGGUAGGAAGAUAAUUGGGUGGUCUUCUUUCUUUGAAUUGAGUUACAUUUUUACACUUUUAUUAUGCAGCUUUUUUACCAACAUCUUUCAUAUUUGUAAGGAACAUACCUUGGAUAGUCCUUCAAGUUAGGGUGGAGUUAAGGGUCACUGGUUCAAGGUCAAUGUCUUGCAUUUGUUUAUACUUGAUUAACUUUUAUUGAUAAAUUGAAUAUUUUUCAACUUCAUCCAAUUACGUGCUACAUUAACUACAUUUUUCACAAUAACAAAAGGUCAUGACUCUUGACUGUCAAGUUAUAUAUACAUAUAUAACUCUGUUUACAUUUUUAUAGCAUUUUUUUUCCAUCUAUAACUGAAUGAAUAGGUGAACCUUUUUGGAAAAUUUGUUACUGACAGAAGUCUAGGCUGUGGGUAUUUGUGUUUAGAUUUUUAUGUAUUUAUUGUUUUUUAUUUUUAUGUUUAUUUGUGUAUGUUAAAGUGCUUAUAUUUUCAUUUCAGAAAUGUUCAUUACCUACACAUAGAUUUUUAAAUCAUCUAUUAAUUUUCAUUACCAUAAUAGUGAAAUAAUGAUUGGUUUUACCUAUAAAUAAAGCCCCCUAUUUUUAAACUCUCUGCUGAUAAUGUAACAUGUAACCUGCAUUUACUGAAACAAAUUUAGCAGAAAACUAAUUACAUGUAUUUAUAAGUUAAAAUGAAAAGAACUUAUUUUAUAUUAAUAUAUUUUAUCACAUGGGUAUUAAAUUUUUUAACUAUUUAUUUUAGUUGUGCAGAUGUAUGGAGAGUUUAUUAUGUAAAUGAGAUGGGCUUUUUCUUAUUUUUAAAACAAAUAUUUAUUAAAUUGUUAGAAAUGUUGUGCUACUAAAAAAAUGGGGGUAAAAUGAAUUGAAUAAUUUUUAUAUACUGGCAGAUGUUGUUGUGAUUAGGGUUGUGUUUUGAGAAUUAUUUAUAAGAGAUAAUGGUUGUGAGAUUAGGUAGUGAUAUAUAUUAAGUUAAUACGAGAAAAGUUUUAACAAGAGGAUAUUGAUAUGUUUAAUAUAGAUACUGAAUGCCCAGCUGUUUUACAGUUACUAUUGCCUAUAUUAUUUUUGUAGAAUAACUGAAGUUGGCACUUGAGUUAGCUGAUGCUGUAAUCCUUUAAAUUAUUUAUAGAAAUUCUAAAAUCAGUUAACACAAGUCCAUUACCCACAUUUUGCUGGAACAUUGUUCACUAUCAGUUUACAGAAAUAUAAGAAAGAAAAUGUUUCUUGUUAUAUAUUUUGAAACAAAAAAUUGAUUUAAAAUACAAAUAUACAAGAUGUCAAGAAACAUAAAGUAAAAAUUCACAGUAUAAGAAAAUUGUAUGUUUUUAUUUUAAUAUACUUUUUUUCGAUGUUGGUGGUCUUUAAAUUUUUCACCAAAACUUGCCACACAUUUUCCUACAAAUAUUUAUUUUUAAGAUCACAACUUUGAGAAUUUGCACUUUCGUUUAUUAUGUCAAGGUUUCAUUUAACAGAUAUAUAUAUAUAUAUAUACUGAUGUCCAAAAAAAGUUCUUGGCGUUUUAGGUUUUGAAAAAAAAAUUUGCCUGCUAUCAGAAAAAUGUAAUGGAUUGGUUCACUAAUUUCAUAUAUGUACGGGUAUUGCUUUUGCAUUUAAGAUGUGCAUAUAUUUAUGAUAAUUUACAAUAAUACCUGACUUCUUGUUUAUUUAUAAUUUCAAUAAUUUUGUUUUUGUAUUCUCUGUGUUGUGACAAUUUUGCUUAAUUCUCUAGGAUUGUACUUGUUUUACAUUAGAUAUAUUGACUAUAUUUAAUAAAAGUUUGAAGUUCAGUAAGCUUCAUUCAAGUCUGAAAGAGAGAAGCUUUUCUUAGAGUUAAUUCCUUUAG